AAAAAGUAGCAUUUUCGAUAUUAUAAAUACCAUAAACUCGAAGAAAGAUAGGCAGCAAAGGUUUGCAUAUUAGUCGGUCUCCUUAGAGAAGAGAUCGGAAGAUGGCAUCCAACGUGUUUGGCAAUCCAAUCACAAAUCAAACUCUAGAAGCUAUGCCUAAAUAUGAAGGGAAGACAAUAACGCGUCUGGAUAGGGCAACUGAGGCAAUUAAUAUGAAAAAUGAUGGAGGGAAAGACAAAGAUGUUCGAGCAUAUGUAGAUUCAUUGAAACAAAAAUGGGGAACUGGAGUCUCUACUCUUUGCCUAUUUUACAAUGCCACUGGUGAUCCGAUAACAUUUAUCUGCGAUCACAAUUGGCAUGGUCAUAUUGGACCUGAUCCUUAUCCACUUAAGAUUGCAAAUGGUCAAUGGGGUGGUUUCCUUCAUGUCAAAACCUCUGGAGUUGCCACUGGCUCUUCUGCAGCGGUUGUAUAUCGUGGUCAGAACAAUAAUGAUAUUCAUUGUGAUUGGAUGGCAGCUUGGUCAAAUCCCUGGAAUCGUACAUUUUGGAGCAAUACGGCAUUUACCGAGAUUCGAGAAGAAGGGCAUUAUGAUACGCAAGACAAUUGGGACUACAUCUCUAACUUAGUAUACGAGUCGGGUCUUAGCAAAAUAUACGAGUGGAAUGGAUGCAAAUCGAGUGUCAUAACAGGAAAUUCUACUAGUCCCGAGUUCGAGACAAUAUUCACUCUCAGUGGAGUCACGUUUUAAAUGAUUUAUAUAAGUACCAUAAUUUAUGUACGGCCUAAAUCCAACUACUUCUAAAUAAUGGCCAUUUGAGCUUUAAUCCUUUAAAAGUUUCUGCAAAUUGGAUUGUGCAUCAAGGUGUUUGUUGUGCUCUGUGCAAUACGAGUGUCUAUACAAUAUUUAUAUGAUAUAUAUCUAAUAUAUUACUGAUAU